AAAGCGAACCAAUACUCCUCCCUCUACUAGUCCUAAAAUCUGAAGGUCCAAAAACCAGAAAGGCAUCCUGAAGGGGAUAGAUAGAGUGAGAGAGAGCAAAAGUAGAGUUCAAAAAUGGCGUUACCAUACGCUUCGUCGUCGGCAAUAACAUCAACAUUAUCGACAACCAACAACAAAACCCCAUUUCUGGGUUUCACAUUUGUCUCUGUGAAACCUUCUUUUUCAGUUAAAACCUUAAAUAAUAAUAAUUCUAAGCAGCAAUCUCUUUCAAUUCGUUGUCAGAAUCUAACUGCUGUACCUAAAGAUGAACGAUGGAUGUUUGAAGAUUCUGAAAUCGGUGGACCAGACAUUUGGAACAAGACCUGGUAUCCUAAAGCUGCUGAUCACAUAAACACAGAGAAGAAAUGGUAUGUAGUUGAUGCGACUGACUUAAUUUUGGGCAGAAUGGCAUCAACCAUCGCCAUUCACAUUCGUGGGAAGAAUCUCGCAACCUACACUCCCAGUGUUGACAUGGGGGCUUUUGUAAUUGUGAUUAAUGCAGAAAAAGUUGCUGUAUCUGGGAAGAAAAGAUUGCAAAAGCUAUAUAGGAGACAUUCUGGAAGACCAGGUGGUAUGAAGGUAGAGACUUUUGAUCAGCUCCAACAGAGAAUUCCUGAAAGAAUAGUCGAGCAUGCUGUUCGUGGAAUGCUUCCGAAAGGAAGACUGGGUAGAGCGCUUUUCAACCAUCUUAAGGUAUACAAGGGUGGGGAGCAUCCACAUGAGGCCCAAAUGCCUGUUGAUCUUCCAAUAAGAGACAAAAGGAUACGAAUUCAGAAAUAGGCAUUAGUUGGGGUUUUAACACUUCUGAAGAUGGUGAUCAUGAGCCUGGGCUUUCUUGAAUAUGUACAACUAAUUAUUGUGUAUGAUUUUGUAUGAAUCUAGUGGAUAUCAAGUAAAUUUCAUUUUGAGUUUUUGUAGAAUCUUUGUCCAACUUUGAGUUCUCAUGUUAUGCAAGGAAUUUCAUAGACUAUCUGAUCACUUCUUCUGUGGUAAUGCCGCCUUUUAGAAUUUGGUCACCAUUGUAUGUGUUUGGGAAACAAUUUUACUAUAUGAUACGUGGAAUUAUAACACCCAGUUCAUCG